CAUACAUGAUAAUGUGAUAUAUAAGUGUACAGCCCUCAGCCCCAAGGCAAGCUGUUCCCAAUCCGUGACCAGAAUAUGGACAGGCAGUCAGCCAAACAGGUCCACAUUCAAACAUCACGGAUGAGUCAAGAGAGGAACUCCUUUGCUCAGAGCCAUGAGACUGUGAAACUCCCAGAUUUCUGACAACUAUAUAUAUAUGCACAGCCUAUUUUUGCCCUGUUCAGCCAACGUGCCCAAUUAGAACAAGAUUGUGUAGUGUAAUAAACAGUAUCAAUACACAGAUUAUCAAGAAAAGCCCAGAAAAGACUGUUUCUUUGGGGCCUAUUUUCACUUUGGAACGCACCUGAACUUGGCCGCGGCUCAGGUUGUACUUUUCGCCCUAGCUAGCCUAUGGCUCUAUUUGUGUGGAUCAGAAAAUACUGAACCUGAAUCCCUUUGAAACAAUAUCACAAGACUUAUUACGUCAUGGCUCGAAAAGGUAAUCAACAAAAGAAUGGGGUGGACCACCAGACACUAGACCACAAAAGAAGAGGUUCAGCUUCAGGGUUUAAUCCCAAAAAUAUUAGAGGGCGGGGAAAACCACAAGAGGCAAAGGUGUUACCUGGAGAAGAACUCCCAAAUGGUAGCCAAUCAAGCAAUUUUGCUGAGAUUGUGAAUGAAGCCAAUUAUCCAAGAGAUGAAAGCAAGAGUGCACAAAAAUCAGAGAAUAUGUUGAGGGAAGAGAAGCAAGGAAUGGAUGCAAUGCAAGGUCCAGAGCAACCAAUGUCUUCUGGGAGUGAUUUAGCAGAUUGCAUUGGAAAUAUUGGAGCAUCAGCUGAAGAACAAAACGGGAUAUUAAAUACUAACCAAGGUCGAAAACAUACAAUAAGUAGCCCGGCAUUCUUGCCUAAUGGUUUGAAUAUUAGAAACAUGAUAGAAAAUGUUAAGUCUUCAGAUAUUUUAGUGCUUAGAAGCUUGAGGGCAUUCGUGGUGUUAGUCUUCAAGGCAGCUAGUGAAUGGCUAGACAGGCAAAGACCGUUGUUUAUGACUCUCAAAACCAAAAUGUUGAAUGCUUGUGACUAUACCAAAACAAAGAUUGAGCAAGUGUAUCCCAUUGUUUUGAAAUGGCUUAUGCAUUUUGGGAGCAUAAUGCUUCUUAUAUCAAUGGUUUGGUUGGAAUGUUUUCUUAGAGGCAUUGAUUCCUUCUUACGCAUGGGGACAACAGCCUUCUUCUCAGUUAUAUGGUUCAGCAUUUUCUCAGUAAUUGCUAUGGUUGGGAUGCUCAAGUUUCUUAUUGUUUUGACCUUAGCUGCACUUAUUGGUGUUUUUGUCGGGUUCACUCUAGCAAUUUUGACUGUUGCCAUUACUGGAACUGUUUUCUUGUGGUUUUAUGGAAGCUUUUGGACAACAGCGCUUGUCAUCUUCUUUGGAGGGUUGGCAUUCAUGUUGAGCCACGAACGUGUUGCGCUACUAAUCACCACGACGUACUCCAUAUAUUGUGCUUGGGCAUACGUUGGAUGGCUUGGUUUGCUUAUUGGUUUGAAUUUUUCUUUUAUUUCGAGUGAUGUUCUGAUAUACUUCCUGAAGAAUAAUAUGAAUAAGCAUAGAAGACCCAAUAGGUUCUCAGAACAAGCAGCUGGAAUGCAAGGUCAACCGGGGUUCUUUAAUAGUGAAACGGAACAUGCUUCGACUUCUGAAAUUGACCCAGGGUUAUCAGCUGAUCGGAGUCCAGGAGCUCCGUCAACCAGUGGGGCUGAUUCUGAGAUAACUUCUGAAGAAGAAGUGGUUCGCUUGUUAAACUGCACCGAUCACUACUCCGUGUUGGGCUUGUCCCGGUAUGAGGACAUAGAUGUUUCUCUACUCAAACGGGAAUAUAGGAAAAAGGCCAUGUUGGUCCAUCCUGAUAAGAACAUGGGGAAUGAAAAGGCUGCAGAAGCUUUUAAGAAACUUCAAAAUGCAUAUGAGGUUCUACUAGAUACUCUGAAGCGAAAAGCAUAUGAUGAUGAAUUAAGAAGGGAGGAGUUACUGAACUUAUUCAGAAGGUUCCAAAAUACUUCUCAAAAGAAUGGAGGGCAUGGUUUCUUUACCUCUGGAUUUGCACGCUCGGAGGCUGGUGGUGAUCCUUCUAGAGAUUCAAGGCAAAUAGCCUGCAAAAAGUGUGGCAACAAUCAUGUCUGGUUGCACACCAAGAAAUCAAAAUCUCAAGCAAGAUGGUGCCAGGAUUGCAAUGAAUUUCAUCAAGCAAAAGAUGGUGAUGGAUGGGUUGAACAGUCUAUGCAGCCUUUCUUUUUGGGACUGCUGCAGAAGGUAGAUGCUCCUGUUGCAUAUGUUUGCGCUGAUAGCAGGAUAUAUGAUGCUACCGAAUGGUAUAUUUGUCAGGGAAUGAGAUGUCCAGCCAACACCCACAAGCCGAGUUUCCAUGUCAACACUAGUGUAACCUCCAAGCAUAACAGCGGAAAGGGAACAAGUUCAGGACAAAGGGGUGGUCAAGUGCCGGCAUCUAAUAUGGAAGAGAGCAUGACAGAGGAAGAAUUCUUUGAGUGGUUACAGAAUGCAGUGCAAGCAGGCAUGUUUGAUAAUUUCAGUGGCAGUACCUCCAAUGAGAGUCCGUCUGGCCGGACUGGAAGUGGCUCCAAGAGCGGUGGCGGCAAUAGUGGCAGUGCCAACAAGAGAAAGAAAAAGGGAAAGAAGCAAUGGUGAUCACCAAAACUUUCGCAGCACAACCUUUGUAAGCAUUUGCGGGCCUGUCACAGAAGGUUUAUUGGCUUAUAGAGCAACUUAUAGUCCUUUUUUUUUUUAUAUAUAUGAAGAAAAUGAAGGUCUAACUGUUGAAAGUUCAACCCCAUUAAUGCAUGCCAGCAUGAGUACUCACUCUCUUGAGCCUCCGUAAUGCAAGAAUUGUAGAGUGUUCUGUUUU